CCGCUUUCCUCUGACUACAGUUUCGUUAAAAUACGUACAAAUAUCAACGUGAAUGUAGAACUCACUUAGCAAGUCGAUUCUAAAAUCUACUGACUUAUUUUGUAGUGCGAUCAAUAACGUUAAUAAUCCUCAUUUGCAGCAUUAUGUUGCCAUGACUGCUCCAGUGAUCGCAAGUCAAGAUCUCCGGUGAGAAGUAACGUUAAACUCGGUCUCCUCAGACCCAUGGCUCUCCCGACGCUCUCCGCACACUGGCCGAGUCGGGUGCGGACUCUGGAGCAGCAGCUGGUGCGGCAGCGGGAACAGGAGGCGCGGCUGAGGCGACAGUGGGAGCAGCACUCGCAGUACUUUAGGGAGCAGGAUGUCCGCAGCAGUAAACAGGCGCAGUGGAGCUCACGACAGUCCUUUCAUCGCAGUAUGUCAGCAUUUCAGCGGGACCGCAUGAGGGAGGAGAAGCAGCGGAAACUAGAGGAGCGCAGGGAGCGUCUGAGGACGAUGCUUCAGGAGGAGAGAGAUCAGCUGGAGGCAGAGCUCAGAAAUAUUCAUCCAGAUAGAGACACGCUAGCCAGACAGCUAGUGGAAAAAACAGACGCCCUCCGUUCUGCUAGGGAGGAGAGGAGGAAAAAUCUUGCACAGGAGCUGCUGAGGGAACACUGGAAGCAGAACAACUCACAACUGCGGAAGGUGGAGUCAGAGCUGCACAAAGAUCACAUUGUGAGUCAGUGGCAGGUUCAACAGCAAGAGAAAAAACAGGCUGAUGAGAGAACUCAGGAGGAGAAACAGCGAUUUGAGAAUGAGUAUGAAAGGACCAGACAGGAAGCUCUGGAAAGAAUGAGGAAAGAAGAGGAGAACAGAAAAUGGGAGGAAAAGAAGCGAGCUGAGGAGCUCCUUAAACAGAUGGAGGAGCUCAAACUACGGGAACAGGAAGCUGAGCGUCUUAAGCAGGAACAGGAAACUCUGAUGUCCAAACGUUGGGAGCUUGAGAAGCUUGAGGAUGAGAGGAAGAUGAUGGAGGAAAGCAGAAGGAAAACGGAAUUUGGGCGUUUCCUGACUCGUCAGUAUCGAGCUCAGCUAAAAAGGAGAGCACAGCAGGUGCAGGAGGAGCUGGAGGCAGACCGCAAGAUCCUGGCGGCGCUGCUGGAGGGAGAGCUGGACGAGCAGAGAUUUCACAAAGCCAGAAGAGAGAGAGCCGUCGCUGAUGCCGCCUGGAUGAAGAGAGUUAUAGAGGAGCAGCUUCAGCUGGAGAGGGAGAGGGAGGCAGAGUUUGACAUUUUAUACCGGGAGGAAGCUCAGCGUGUUUGGGAGAAAAGAGAGGCCGAGUGGGAGAAGGAGAGGAGAGCGAGAGAGAGACUCAUGCGAGAGGUCCUGGCAGGUCGUCAGCAGCAGUUGCAGGAGCGAAUGCAGGAAAACAGGCUGGCGAGAGAGGAGUCUCUGCAGAGGAGAGAAGAGCUCCUCCAACAGCUGGAGCAGGACAGACUCACUCUGCGCCUGGAGAAAGAGCAGCAGGAAGGACUCCGGACUGCUCGCAUACAGGAGAUCGAUAAUCAGGUGGAGCAGAGACGAAAGGAGCAGUGGGAGCAGCAACAAACACUAGAACAGGAAGAAGCACAGGAGAGGGAGGAGCUUAGGCUCCAGGAGGAGGAACUUCGUCUUGAGACGGACCGAAUGAUUCGACAGGGCUUCCAGGAGAGAAUUCACAGCAGACCCCGGUCAGCAUGGACAUGAGGGCACAUUCACAGGAAGACAGUUUGUGUCACACCCCCCUUUUCAGAUGCUAGAGGAGUUUUUUUUUCUAGCACUGUUUUUAAUCAAAUCAGGGGGAUAUCUGUGUCCAUGUUGAUCUUGGCCACUUUGUGCUUCAAAUGAGAGCCGGUUUUCUGUUCAGAGAUGUCAUAAAUAGUUCAUGAUUUACUUCAUGGCAAUUAAAUAAAUAAAAGUUUAGGGAAGUUCAAAUGUUUUUGUUGCACUUAUACUGAAGUUUGCAUCCAAGUCCAUUUUUAUAUGUAGAUUGUUUUGUAAAAAUGUCAGUGCUGACAGUUUUUUCAAUAAAUUCACAAUGUCAUCCGU